CACGUGCCCGAUGCUUUGUUGUUGUGUUUGUUUUGCUCGUUCCCCUCAUCACCGUGGGCGGUCAGAAGGUUGGCGUGUUUGGAGUCACAUGAUCCAUAAGUGCUGUGACUAUUGUGGAGUGAACGCUGUGCGCGGUUGGGCGCUAUACUUCUGCCAUUCAUGUGCUCUACGAUGUUCCGUACCUUGAUUCUGGUCCCGGCUUCCUAUCACGCUAUAAACCAAGAAAAAGAUGCCAUAGAUUAAGCUGCCUACUUUUGAAAUUAGGUGCUUUGCGACAGAGCGUGACCACCAUGAGCCAAAUAUUGACGAGCAGGCAAGCGGAGGAGCUGCACAAGUCCAUAAUUGCCUACCUUUCACGAAUUAAUGCUUCCCAGAGUUCUGCGGCGCUACGGGAAGAGCUCCAGAUUGGCGAUAGUUUCGACGAGGCGACGAGCAAGAAGUAUGAGGGGCUGCUGGAGAGGAAAUGGACAGGAGUUGCUCGGCUGCAACGAAAGAUAUUGGAUCUAGAGUCCAAGAUUGCCAGCUUGCAGACCGAGCUCGAAUCCGCGCCCACAGCGCGAUCAAAACGCCAAGAUCCCACAAAUUGGCUUCCAGGAACAUCGCCAACACAUGUAUUCGAAUCACACAGAGACGCCGUCACAUGCGUCGCAUUCCACCCUGUAUUUACAUCGCUUGCCUCGGGUUCCGAAGAUUGCACCAUCAAAAUUUGGGAUUGGGAACUCGGGGAGCUGGAAAGGACCCUGAAGGGUCAUAUAAGGGCUAUCUCAGGCCUUGAUUUUGGUGGGCAGAAAGGUCACACUCUGCUAGCAUCCUGUUCGAGCGAUCUCACAAUCAAGCUGUGGGAUCCGAGCAAAGAUUACGCGAAUAUUCGAACACUUUCCGGUCACGACCACUCCGUCUCCGCCGUGCGCUUCUUAACGCCCACGGGGAACCUUCUCGUCUCUGCCAGUCGAGAUGCCUCUAUCCGAAUAUGGGACGUCGGGACCGGAUAUUGUGUAAAAGCCAUCAAUUCACAGGGCUCAUGGAUCCGGGACGUGUCGCCAUCCUUCGAUGGUAAAUGGCUGGUAUCAGGUGGUCGUGAUCAAGCAGCAACAAUUUGGGAAGUUUCGUCGGCCGACUCAAAAGCGGUGUUGUUAGGCCACGAAAACUUCAUUGAAUGCUGUGUGUUUGCGCCGCCAGCAAGUUAUGAACAUUUAGCAACCCUUGCCGGCUUGAAGAAACCUCCUACGAGUAGUUCGUUCGAAUAUAUCGCGACUGGAGCCCGAGACAAAACAAUAAAGUUAUGGGACUCCCGGGGGAUGCUAAUCAAGACCCUUGUGGGCCAUGACAAUUGGGUCAGAGGGCUUGUAUUCCAUCCCAGCGGGAAGUAUCUGUUCAGUGUCGCGGAUGACAAAACAAUACGCUGCUGGGAUCUCUCCCAAGAAGGGAGACUGGUGAAAACAAUUGACAAUGCCCACGGGCAUUUUGUCAGUUGUAUUCGGUGGGCACCCAGCAACACGAGCGAUGCUGAGACUUCUGAAACAACCAACGGAAUGCCUAAGAAAGACGGCGCCAAGCCUGGCUAUCGGUGCGUCAUCGCAACGGGGAGCGCGGACUGUUGCGUACGGGUCUUUACCUAGAUGCCACUGGUUCCAACAGCUGCUGAUGGCCAUGAUGGCACUAGUUCGAUUUUGAACCCCUUCUACCUUUUUCCUUUUCGAGCAAGCCUCCAUCUUGACCUCGCCAGAUCUCUACCCAGCCGCUAACAUGCGGUUCGAGCCAGGUUACGGACACAUAGACGUGCUCAGCUUCUAGGCUUGUUGAUGAAAAAAAAUUAUGAUUUAUUUGGGGGUGCGGGAUGUCUAUAAUGACUCACGCGGGAUUUAUGCCCUCAAAGCACACCCGCCGAUGCCUACUUGUUCAUAGGAUUACUAGACUCAUGAUGCUUAACGAACCAUUUUCAAUGACUGAUGGUUUCAACUAAGUAGUCCUACUAUAGACAUAGUCACAACCUAAGCACAUUCAUACAUUGCCGAGGAACAAUGGUCAACUCGGGGGAAGAAGAGAAGGGGGAAGGAGUCUCUUGGCUUUGGCUUCUCAUAAGGGACAUUUCGUCUUGGAGAAACUCCUAUUCUAUCCAGCUCGGCGAUCCAGCUUGAAUUCAUGUGUUACCGAGUACUAAGAGUUAUACAUCAAGAUGGUCCCUCGUUAAUCUAUCCUGUUCCAAUUAACACCUUCAAACACUCAGUACUCCUUACAAAGUAAUCAUAUCCCG